UACUUUGUGCUGACGUUGGCAUAUUCUGUCAUUGACAAUCAUUUCCACGUGGCCCAAAAGAAACAAAGUGAAAAUGCCCAAGUCCAAAAGAAAUCGCAUUGUGACGCUCAGUAAGACGAGGUCCAAAGGACAUGAGUUGAAGGGUGCUUUAUUGCAAGAGGUCCGAGACUGCUGUGACAAGUACGCCCACCUCUUUGUAUUUAAUAUUGACAACAUGCGCAAUGCCAAGCUCAAGGACCUGCGCACUCACUGGAAAGACUCGAGAUUCUUCUUUGGCAAGAACAGAGUGAUGCAGCUGGCCCUGGGACGCUCAGACAGUGACGAGUAUCGGACUGGGCUGCGUUUUGUGUCAGAGGAACUGAAGGGCAGUGUGGGCCUAUUCUUCAGCAACGGGGACAAGACGAGUGUAGUGGAGUGGUUCCAGGACUUCCAAGAGAAAGAUCAUGCAAGGUCAGGGUUCGUUGCCACGGAGGAGGUGGUGUGUCAACAAGGACCACUCAGCCAGUUUACUCACACCAUGGAGCCACAGCUGAGAAAGCUGGGACUGCCCACUGCACUCACGAAAGGUGCGGUGACAUUGCUGGAAGAUCACACAGUUUGUAAAGAUGGGGACGAGUUGACUCCAGAGCAAGUCAGAAUACUGAAAUUGUUGGAUGUGAAGAUGGCCAGUUUUAAAGUGAACUUGCUGUGUGUGUGGAGUAAGGAUGGCAGCUUUGAGAGACUAGAUACUAGUGAGUCUACUGCUCAGAAAGACUGUGCCGUUGGCUUGUAAUAAUUAAUAAUGUUCUUUGUACUUCCUCUUUAUACUGUUUGAUUUUGAUCAGACAUACCUUUGUUGUUUUAA